AGUCUGCAGAGGCUCGCCUUUCUCUCCGCCCGCGGGUCGGGGCUGCUGCCGCGGGCGCGUUCCGCAUCGCUCCGGGGGCCCCCAGGCGUGGAGCUCCGAAGCCACCGACAGCUUCUGGCACUUCUGAGCUGCGGUGGGCGAGGGCCCGCGCGUUCCCUCCAGCUGGGGAGGUCGGAGAACAGAGGCGGAGGCAGUUUCAGGCCUUAGGCCCGGCGGACCGGGUCCAGUGAGACGCGCCCAUCCUUCGCCUAACAGGGCGCGCGCGGUCCUCUUGGGACCUCACCGGCGACCCGUAGUUCGGACACGCGCUUGUCGCAGGCCGCAGGAAGGAGGGGUCCAGUCUGAGGCCUGGGGCGACGGCCGCUAUGGAGAUCACCUCGGCCCAGGGCCCGCGCCAGGAGCCUUGGGGGCGGCCCUGACCGCCCUCCUCCCUGCCGGGGCCGGGUCGCGGACGUGCCCCCCGCGGCCGCCCGCCACCUCUGCCUCUCCGCCCUCCCCGGGCCGCGCUGCUGCCUGGGCGCGGCGGCGGCGACGGCGCCCUGUUGAAUGGGCUGUGAGGGCCCAGGUUUGUAGCGCUGGCGAACGCGGCCUCCGGGGGCGCAAGGCAACAGCAGCGGUGGCGACCAAACGGGUGUUGGAGUUGGCGGCGGCCAUGGAGGGCCUGGCUGGCUAUGUAUACAAGGCGGCCAGCGAGGGCAAGGUGCUGACCCUAGCCGCCUUGCUUCUCAACCGGUCUGAAAGCGACAUCCGCUAUCUGCUGGGCUAUGUCAGCCAGCAAGGAGGGCAGCGCUCUACGCCCCUUAUCAUCGCAGCCCGCAAUGGCCACGCCAAGGUGGUGCGCUUGCUGUUAGAACAUUACCGGGUGCAGACUCAGCAGACUGGCACCGUCCGCUUCGACGGGUAUGUCAUUGAUGGUGCCACUGCACUAUGGUGUGCAGCAGGAGCAGGACAUUUUGAAGUUGUUAAACUUCUAGUCAGUCAUGGAGCCAACGUGAACCAUACUACAGUAACUAACUCGACCCCUCUGCGGGCAGCUUGCUUUGACGGCAGACUGGACAUUGUGAAAUACUUGGUUGAAAAUAAUGCCAACAUCAGUAUUGCCAACAAGUAUGACAACACCUGCCUAAUGAUUGCAGCAUAUAAGGGACACACUGAUGUGGUCAGAUACCUUUUAGAACAACGUGCUGAUCCCAAUGCUAAAGCACAUUGUGGAGCCACAGCAUUGCACUUUGCAGCUGAAGCUGGGCACAUAGAUAUUGUGAAAGAGCUGAUAAAAUGGCGUGCUGCUAUAGUAGUGAAUGGCCAUGGGAUGACACCAUUAAAAGUGGCUGCCGAAAGCUGUAAAGCUGAUGUCGUCGAACUGUUGCUCUCUCACGCUGAUUGUGACCGAAGAAGUCGGAUUGAAGCUUUGGAACUCUUGGGUGCCUCCUUUGCAAAUGACCGUGAGAACUAUGACAUCAUGAAGACAUACCACUAUUUAUAUUUAGCCAUGUUGGAAAGAUUUCAAGAUGGUGAUAACAUUCUUGAGAAAGAGGUUCUCCCACCAAUCCAUGCUUAUGGGAACAGAACUGAAUGUAGAAAUCCUCAGGAGCUGGAAUCCAUUCGACAAGACAGAGAUGCUCUUCAUAUGGAAGGCCUUAUAGUUCGGGAACGGAUUUUAGGUGCUGACAAUAUUGAUGUUUCCCAUCCCAUCAUUUAUAGGGGAGCUGUCUAUGCAGAUAAUAUGGAAUUCGAACAGUGUAUCAAGUUGUGGCUUCAUGCCCUGCACCUCAGACAGAAAGGUAACAGGAAUACCCACAAGGAUCUUCUUCGAUUUGCUCAAGUUUUCUCACAGAUGAUACAUUUGAAUGAAACUGUGAAAGCACCAGAUAUAGAAUGCGUUUUGAGAUGCAGUGUUUUGGAAAUAGAACAAAGUAUGAACAGAGUAAGAAAUAUUUCAGAUGCUGAUGUCCACAGUGCUAUGGACAAUUAUGAAUGUAAUCUCUACACCUUUCUGUAUUUAGUGUGCAUCUCCACCAAAACACAGUGCAGUGAAGAAGAUCAGUGCAAAAUUAACAAGCAGAUCUACAACCUGAUUCACCUUGAUCCCAGAACUCGGGAAGGUUUCACCUUGCUGCAUCUAGCUGUCAAUUCGAAUACCCCAGUUGAUGAUUUCCACACCAACGACGUUUGCAGCUUUCCAAAUGCACUUGUCACCAAGCUUCUGCUAGAUUGUGGUGCUGAGGUGAAUGCUGUGGACAACGAAGGGAACAGUGCCCUUCAUAUUAUCGUUCAAUACAACAGGCCCAUCAGUGAUUUUUUGACCUUGCACUCUAUCAUCAUUAGCCUAGUUGAAGCUGGCGCUCACACUGACAUGACAAAUAAACAGAAUAAGACUCCACUAGACAAAAGUACAACUGGGGUAUCUGAAAUACUACUUAAAACUCAAAUGAAGAUGAGUCUCAAGUGCCUGGCUGCCCGAGCAGUUCGGGCUAAUGACAUUAACUACCAAGACCAGAUCCCCAGAACUCUUGAAGAAUUUGUUGGAUAUCAUUAAGUGACUGGAUAUGUAAAAUUGUUUAAUGUGGUGCUAAAAAGUAAAGAACUUUAAUCACAGACAAUAGAAUUAUGUGUUCAUAAAUUCUACUUUUCUUUCCAUUACCCUUUCUCCCUACCCAUCCUUCCUUAGUUCUGUAUUUGGUCUUCUUGCCUCAUAUGGUAAUUGAUUUCAAAUACACUUUAAACAAAGCCACAUUGUUUAGGUGUAACUAAUCUAAGGUGUUUGAAUAUUGGUCACUUAACUACUUUUCUUUCUUGUUUUUUUUUAAGGAAUGAAUAUAAAAUGUUUUGUUUAUGUAACAGAGAACAUUUCUAAUUUGAAGUUGAUAAUGUUUGAAAAAAAUUGCCUACAAAAGUAUUUCUGUUAAGCCUUUGUCAGCAUGUUAUUCUUGUAGCAGUUUUAAGGAUUUCAUGAAGAAAAACAACUAAACGUGAACCUUAAAAGUAAUGGGAUACCCAGGUGUUUUGCACAUGCCAAACUGCUGUAGGUAGUUUUCACUCUUUCAUUAAUUAUGUGGAGUGAUACAGCACAUUAUAACAUCAGGAGGAUUUAAAAAAAUAUAACUGCAGAUCAAUCUGAAAAAUAUGCUUACUUAAUAAUAGUUAUAAAUUUAUAAAGUUAAAUCAAUUGAAAUUAUUGCAUUAUGCUGGGUGGUAUAUACCAAGUAGUAAUAAUCUUAAAGUGACUUUUCAGAAAAUAUUGAUGGACUAUUUGCCUUUAGGCUUCGAAUUCUAAAAUUCUUUGAAGUCUCUGUUUUAUUGUAGUUUAUCUAAAUUGCAGCAGUCUGCAUUUGACUCGGCUCACAAACAUGUAAAAAUUAUGAAUGCUGUGUUUUCUUAUGAAACAAAUUGUCACAUAUAGUUACACAUUCUAUUUUUUUUCUUUCUUUCCUCCUGUGUGGUAGUUUUUAAAUUUGGAAACUACUUUUCUAGCAGGCAUUAUCUGUACCUCCCUAUUAAGGUGUGUAUGACAGAUGAAAGGAACCAGGAUAUUUUAAAUUUUGUUUUCCACUUUAGUCUGUGAUAAGAAGUAGAAAAAAAUCACUAGUGUGGUAUAGGAGAUUAAAUAUUUUUGAUGAUGAAAAGAAUUUGCAAUGCCACUUUGAAAGAUAGUUCUGUUUGAGAACUGCACAUUUUUCAACCACAAAAUGUCACUUAUUCCGACAGGUUGUACAGAGGUUUUUAUGUUUUUUUGUUUUGUUUUGCUUUAAUGGCAACAUUUUAAGUGUAAGACUAAAAGAUUGUUCUGUGAUUAUCUUUUAAGCAUCACAGAAAUUCAAGCAAAGCAUACACACCUAUUUUUAUUGAUGUUAAAAAUAAAGUAAAAUUAGCUAUAUCUGUAUUUUUCUCUCUAGUGCCAAAUGAAUGCCUUAGCUAUUCAUAGUGCAUGGUACUGUAAGUGAAGACCUACAGCUUUUUUGUUUCUUUCAUGAAAAGCAUUAUAAUGAUGUAGCAACAUCAGACAUAAACUUAAAACCUGUAAGGUUUCAAUUAACAUUUUAUGUAUGGAAAUUGCUUUGUGAAGUAUAAGAAAGGUUGCAGUUGGAUCAGUAUAAAACAUAAUGACCAAGCCAAAAUCAGCACCUAGGGCCUUAAAUAAAAUAGAGAUACCCCACAAAAUGAAAUACUUUGAAGGGUGGGAGGGAAUGGAAAGGGGGAACUUCAAGAGCUUUUCCCCCAAGAAUGCAAGAUACUUUUACAGCUACUGUAGUUAUACUAGUACUUCGUGUGUCUUCUUGCUUCAGUUAGGAAUGUUUUGAUGGUUAAUUCUGUCAUGGUAAUAUAUUUCUGUUUUUCUAACCUGAGUUUUUACAAGGAAGAUUGGUUUAAAGGGAGGUAUUUGAAUGAACCCUAAUUUGAAAAUUACUGGCCUUGAUCCCCCUGGUGUGAGUCAAGGAAAUACUGUACCUUGCUCUUGGCAACUUUAAUGGACUGAAAGAGAAAAUGCCCAUCCUCAAGGUGAGUGAAUCACUCCUCUCUACAGCUCAGAUCAGACCCUGCGUUUUUCAGACUUCAAGGCCUGCUUAUUGACAGUCUGAGGCAUGGCUGUGAUACAUGGUAUUCAUUUGGUUUCAUUAUUAAUGUAUGUGAUUUUAAACACCAAAAAUUCAAAUAUCAGAUAAUGUUGCAUGUUUUAAAAAUCAUUUCAUCCCUUUGGCUACCCAGGACCAGCACUCUUUUAGAUAUUGCUUAUUUGUAAAAUGAAGAUAAUGAUUAUGUGUACAUAUUUAGACAUCAAAACUUAAUGAUGCUGUUUUUGAGAAGGGAGGACUGAAUGCUGGAGAAAGUAAAACUGCUGAUUGAAAUGCUGACAAAGUUGGAGAAAAUUUGAAGACAGUGGAAUAAACUAUGAACUCUGCUGAUGGUAACUGAGAUUUUUUUUUUACUAUAGUAUAGCAGUACAUGUGUACUACAUUGCUAAGGAUCUGAUUCUGUCUUAUAAAAUCAGAUAUGUUUUGUGAAACACCUGUAUAAAACCAUUCUUGAAAAGUGA